AUGUCAAGAUUUCGAAGACAUACAUGCAGGAGUGUAUUGCGCAUGUCCCCGGGUGAAAGUGGCGCGGGAGGGGCGUGUAUAUGAGUGUCGACGGCGUGCGCGCGCUCCACUCCCGCGCAAAGCUGCAGUGUUCUCGGAGUUUCGUCUGCACUUGUUCACAAUGAAGUCCAUGGUAAUCGUCGUGCUGGCCUUAGUGGCGCUGGCCGCUGCGGCACCGCAGCGCGAGGGCGCUGCCUUCACCAAAGAGGCCAUCAAGCAGGCGCAGAGCACCUUCCUCAUCCCCAAAGACGCUGAAAUCCAGAAGGUUCAAGAGGGCAUCGAACUGGCGGCAUACGAGUCGAUUCCCGGUAACCAGCGUAUUAAUUUGUUCGAGAUCCUCGGUGACCAAGUGCCUUCCGAGGUGAUCAACAACCUCCAGGGUCAGAUCGAUCAAGUCGGUCGCCAGUAAACACCAGCUCACCUCGCGCCACGCCGUCCGAAA